ACCUCUGCCCAGCAUGUCCGCGCUCGAGUGGUACGCCCACAAGUCCCUGGGCGACGGCAUCUUCUGGAUUCAGGAACGCUUCUAUGAGUCGGGCAACCGCGCCAACAUAUGGCUGGUGCGCGGUUCCGAGCAAGAUGUGGUGAUAGAUACCGGCCUGGGGCUGCGCAGCCUCCCAGAGUACCUGUACUCCUCCGGUCUCUUGCAGGAUCACGGGGCCAAAGAGGACGCGGCGUGCCGGCCACUGCUGGCCGUGGCCACCCACGUGCACUUCGACCACUCCGGAGGCCUCUACCAGUUCGACCGGGUGGCCGUGCAUCAUGCCGAGGCCGAGGCACUGGCUCGCGGGGACAACUUUGAGACCGUGACCUGGCUGUCUGACAGCGAGGUGGUGCGGGCGCCCAGCCCCGGCUGGAGGGCCAGGCAGUUCCGAGUGCAGGCGGUACAGCCCACCCUCAUCCUGCAGGAUGGGGAUGUGAUCAACCUUGGUGACAGACAGCUCACUGUUAUGCACAUGCCUGGUCACUCCAGGGGCAGUAUUUGCUUACAUGACAAAGACCGGAAGAUUCUCUUCAGUGGAGAUGUCGUGUAUGAUGGAUCACUGAUUGACUGGCUCCCAUACAGCAGGAUAAGUGACUAUGUUGGAACCUGUGAACGUCUGAUAGAAUUAGUGGACAGAGGUCUGGUAGAGAAGGUGCUUCCUGGGCACUUCAAUACCUUUGGUGCUGAAAGGCUUUUUCGAUUGGCUUCUAACUAUAUUUCAAAAGCUGGGAUAUGUCACAAAGUUUCCACUUUUGCCAUGCGAUCUCUUGCAAGUUUAGCCUUACGUGUAACAAAUUCUAGGACCUCACCCUAGUAUCUAUACUGAUAACCUAUUGUGAUUAGUUCUAUAAAUUAAUCCAAUUCAUUUUGUGUUGUUUAAAGUGAUUAAUAGUGAGCAUUUCAAGGAGUGCUUUAUUAGAGAAAAAAAGAUUGAGAGUAAGCCAAAAAAGGAGGUUCUUUGUUUAAAUUUCUUUCUUCCAAAUAAGAAAUCAAUAAAAUAAGCUUAUAAUUUGCCAAGCUGUCAUCUUAUAAUAUUUGUCACCUUGUAACAUCCAGAAAUGACAUAGAACUAUACGCGAAAGCAAGGAGGCAUUUUGCAGUAACAGAAAGAACUGUCCCUGCCUCCCAUUUGUCUUAUUUUAUUUCCUAGAUGACCUAGAAAAAGAGGCAUAAAGUUUUAUGUUUAUACUCCAAAUUGAUAUUUUUAGUAUUUUAUUUAAAGGUAAAGGUUCUUGAGUUUAAAAUACAUUAGCAGUCAAUACAAACAUAUAAAUUAACAUUUAAAAUGACAGCUAAAACAGUCCAUUGUUAUG